AUGGAGCUCCCCGAAGACGCGCAAAGGGCAUCCACCUCUGCCGACAACCGCAAUGUGCGACUCCAUUCCCUGGUAACAGCCCCUACAUUUCAGAGGAGCCCCUACGCCACCCCAGAGUCCAUGCACAGCAGAGGAUUGGAGUUUUCUAGCCGCCAUCCCCAGGAGCAUGGGAAGAUGAUGCCACCGAGGGACCAGGCCAAUGUGGGCCCCGUGCACCGGCUGCUGAACAUGCUGAAAAAAACUCUUAAAGGGUCUGAGAAUAAAGAAACGGAAGUACUACCUGAAAUGCCAACUUUGGUGCCAUUUGGGGAUGUGGUUGGCUGCCUGGCUAUUCAUGUAAAGAACUGCAGACAUUUUGCACCUCAGAUCUCUUUAAAAUCAUACUACACUAAUAUAUUCAUUCGCAUCACUGUCAACAAUGUUGUGAAAUGUACAAAAAUGUGUGCCUUGCUAUCCAAAAGCAGUGAAAAACAUGUAAUUAAGUUUGAUGAAGUGAAAUAUUUUUCUGUACAGGUUCCCAGACGUCAAGAGGAUGUGCGGAAUAAUGUUUACUUGGAACUAAUGGAAUAUGAAAUUGCACAAAAAUAUCCUCUUUUGUUAGGGAGUGUUCAGGUACACCUUUAUGAAAUAAUUCAGAAAGGAUGCUUUACUGAAGAAUUUAAAGUUUUCAAUAAAAACACAUUUAUCUGCAGGAUGGAGAUAGAAUUUAUGUUCUCCUAUGGAAACUUUGGUUUUGGAUUUUCACAUCAGUUAAAACCUCUUCAGAAAAUUAUUGAGCCAUCCAUGUUUAUGAAUGUUGCACCACCUCCAGAAAGAACAGACCCUGUGUCAAAUGUUAUUGUACCACAGCCAGUAGAAUAUCCAGCAUUCUUAUCCCCAGACCUGAAUGUUACUGUUGGGAAGCCAAGUAAAUCUAACCAGCCAUCUGUUGUACGACUUGAAAAACUUCAGCAACCACCCCGGGAAAGGUUGGAAAAAAUGAAAAAAGAAUAUAGAAAUUUGAGUACAUGGGUAGAAAAAUCCAGCUAUCUAGAAGACCUUCUUAUGCCAGUAUUGGAACAUGAAACUAAAAGAAGCAGUAAGAUACUUAAAAGCCUGGGUAAUGAUCAGUUGGAAGAAAAGACUGAAACGUCAGAUGGCCCUCUUAUAGACGAUGACGUUAAAACUACUCCAAAGAAGCCACUGGAGAAUGAUAAGACUCUGCCAAACCUGAUUCUGCCAACUUUGAAGCUAUCAUACGAAGAUAGUUCAGAUGCCUUUCCUCCUGAAAGUGAUGAAUCAGAAAAACAACUAUAUCUACUACACACAGACUCUUCAUUGUCCAUUCCUUCAACAACAGAAGAGAACAAAAUACCACCUUCAGAUGAAUACGAAUAUUAUUCACAAGAAGAAAAAUUGAAAACUAGAUAUUCAAGCCUUAUUAAAACAGACUCAUCUCUAUCAGAGAAUAUGUAUGAUGCCUUUAGGACAAGAUAUGAAUAUGAGAAUUUCCCUCAAUAUUCAGUGUUAAUGCAAGUUAAGAGCUAUGGACAGAAAAAUACAAAUAAAAAAGGAAAAACAACAUUCAACAUCAAGAACAAUUUAGAUCCUUUAUUAAGGAGUAUAAGCAACAAUAUGUCAGUCAGAAAAGUGAAAGACCAAGAUAAGUCCAAAUGUAGAAACAUUUUAAGUGCAGAGGUUAUAGAGCAUGAAGAUCAAGAUCCUCCUUACCCAGCACAUUUCAACCCUGCAGGACCUGCCGAUGAGAUCUGGGCUCGUGGUCCUGAGAUCAUCACCAUAAAGCCUUUAGAUGCUCAGUUACAAGGAGGCCUACCCAAUGUAUCUUUAUCAAGUUCUGAAGGAGAAUCAUCAGUGACCACAAAUGUAGACACUUGCAGCCUCUCAAAGUCAUUAGAUCUUACUUCCCAGAUAGAGAAUUUAAAACAAUCAAUGGCGUUUAAGUCAACUUUAAGUAAAAACCUGCAAGACCUUUUAGACCAAUUAUUUUCUAAACCAGAAGCUCCUAUGGGCAUUGAAGCAAGAAAGAAAAGUCGUAGAUCUCCACUUCUGAGUGUUCCUGAUAAACCAUCAAGCAGUUUGGAAGACAAAGUAUUUGGAAAAAUCCAAGACUUGAAAAGCUGCCUUCCAGAAAAAGAUAUUUUAAAUUCAAAGUCUCUUUUAAGUCAAAUAACUAAAGAAAUGCCUACAGAUUCACUUUCAGAAGGUGAAUCAGGCGAGUCUACAGAGGUGGAAAGGGAACAUAUCUCUACCAAGGACUUAGAGGCUGGUAUACAGGACCAUGUUAUAAAGCAAAUAUUUACCACCGUGAUUUCCUCAGAGUUGGAGAAAGAAGUGAAAGAGCUCUGUGAAAGAAAGCUGAAUGUGCACGAUCAGUUACCCCCAGCUGGGGAGAGAAGUUUGCUUCCACAUAAUGGGGCUUGCUGUGAAAAAAAAGAUGGUGACAGUGAGUUGUCCCAGUCUAAAUCUGCUAUAAAUCAGAAAAUGCAAGUAUUUCCAGUAGACACUCUUUUAGGAUCCGAGUUAAUCAAAGUGAUAGAAUUAGAUAAAGGACACCAAGAGAGUUCUUUGUUGGAUUCAGAGGAAGGCUCUCCUGAAGAAAAGCCAAACUAUUCCACAAAGGAGUAUUCAGAAAUCAAAAUCAAAACAGAACCUCCCUCAGAGCACAGACUACCCUCUAUUCCCAAAGAAACCUCCUGCAUUCUCAAUACAAUUGAGUUUACAGAGGAAGGUCAAAAUAUACCCCUACAAGAUUCAAAAUCUCACUCAAUACCAGAUACAAAAACCGAUCUGCCAAGGAAUGGUCAGAGGUUUUAUAAAGAGGAAAAUGAACUUAACACUACUCUGGACAUUUUAAGCAAUUCCUUAAUAGAAAAGCUCAAUGAAUCAGAUAAAGUAAUAUUAAAAUCCUUCUUAAAACACAUCUUUUAUGUUUUUUUCAAGUAUCACCAGUCUGAAAGAAGAAGACAACCAGAAAGAGAAUUACAAAGACUAAUUCAAUAUUCUUUUACAGAUGAUACAGAAGGCCUUGAAAAAAUCAGAGAAAAUGUUGGCAAAGCUGACAUAUUAGACAGAAAACCUAUUUUGAACCCAAAGCUGCGUAUAUUUCUAGAAGAACUCUCAGAGUCAGAAAUAAAACAUUUAAAAUCUGAAUUAAGUAAACACAUCCAGCAUUACCUUGUAGAAAGACUAUCAGAAUCAGGACAUAUCACCAAGGAGGAUUUACCAAAAAUCUAUCAAAAUCUGUGCUUGAUGAAUGAAAAAUCAGAACCAAGAAGGCAAAACGUUUUUCAGGAGAAAUAUUCAGAAGCUGUGAAAGAAAUCAUAUCUUUUAUAAGUAAUUUUCAUAAUAACUUCAUAGGUAAACAUUUAGAAAUAAAGCUAAGUUCUUUUUUAAGUGAAAUUCUCAAAAACUAUUUCCUAGAAAACUUUUCAGAAAUUAAGUUAUUUGAAGAGCCAGAAUCUGCGAGUAUACUCCCAAAUGCAUCUUCUCUAAGAACGGAAAACGCCUCAAUGUCUUUACAUGACUCAGGACAUGAUAGUUCAAGAGGGAGUUUUGGUAGAAGGCUUGAAAUAAACACACCAUAUCCUUUAAAUAAAUCUCCACAAAACUAUCCUCUAGCUCCAUCAGAAAAUGAACUAUCAAAUCUAAAAUCUGAUUUAGGCAAACACCUCCAGGGUCUUUUUAUAGAAAAACUUUCAAAAUCCAGACUAAUCACCAAGAAGCAAUUAGAAGACAUCAACCAGUGUAUAAAUUUAAUUAAUUCCAGUUCCACACCAUUAAAAUGUAUGAAGACAGAUUUAUCUUUUAGAAAUGAAAGUAAGUUUAUGGAGGAGGAUUCAGAGAAGCAAAAUAAAUACUCAAAAACUACUCAAAAAACCAACUUACAAAAGAUGACUCUGGAUAGACCUUUAGAAACAGAACUGAUCAGAAAGAAAGAAAAAGAAUUAUUUCCUUUGCUCAAUAUGAAAGAAAAUCUAUCACUUAUUAGGGAGCAGAAAAAUUACUCUGUAGAAGGAGCCAAAACAACAAAUUUAAUAAAAGUAACACCUUCUUCCAACAAAAAUAUCCAGGUGAUUCCAUUAAGUAAGCCAUCAGAAAAACUUACAAAUGUAAUGGUCAAGAAUCAAGGGAAAGAGCAUGACUUCCCACAGUUUCCUGUAGCAGAAAAUUCUGUUUUUAAAGCAGAGACUCAAGACCCAUGGAGUUGGGGUUAUAAAUCAGAAAUAAUUCAAUCAAAUGCUUGCUUUGAAAGGACACUGAAAAUGAAGUCCAUUGAAAAGAAGGAGCAUCUUAACAUCUAUAAACUGACCGUGCAAGACAGAUCGGAAGCAGGACUGUCACCGUAUCCAAGAGUUCCUAGUUGUAAAAUUCCAGAUGAAGAUGAAGAGUCCUCAAGCACGUUCACUUUUCCUUCCCGACAGAGUCACACUUUAACUCAUGUCAACUCAGAGGAUGGGGAGACAUUUAAAGUAGGAGACCACUAUUGUCAGAGAUUGAAAGGAAAAAAUAACAACAAUAAAAAACAAUAUUCAGUAACAUUUGCAGAAUACAAGAAAGAAAUGCAAACCCCCUAUAAGAAGAAAACUGAAAUUUUCAGUGAAAACUGUGCCAGUGUCCCUGAAUCACACUCUUUUAAAUGCAGCGUUUUGGAAAUUGAGAAAAGCUUGAAACCAUCCCUAUUACCAGAACUAUUCAAGGCAGAAACUCUAAAGCCCAAGGUUCGAAAAGAAAGAGACCAUGUCAACAAACAAAAAAAACCACUUGGCAAGAUAGUGACGAUGUUACCAACCACGCUGCCCCCGACAAGAAUUCAUCUAAGGAAAUCCAUUCCAAGGACAUUGAUUCACUGGACUGCAAGAACAACCGUACAUGAUUGUUCGGAUAGAUUUGAGGAUAUACCUAUGGCUUCAUUUAAGAAUCUUGAAAAAACAAAAUCAAGGGCAAGGCUUUUGGGAAAGAGCCCAGAUGACAACCACCACAAAUCAAAAUACUCUGCAAGACCAUAUACUGCCCCAGAGGUCAUCAAACGACGGAAAAGUCACAAUGGAAAAUGUAAAAGUCAUCGACUGGUUUCAGCAGGCUUAGUUCAUGUAAACGAUACAAUCUCAAAUUAUGAGAUGCAUAAAACACACCAAGAAAUGCAUUUAAAAGAGAAUAUUGAAAAAUGUUCACUCAUUUAUGAUAUUAUCCAAAUAUUAAACAUUUCAAAAUGA